AAGCUCUCAUUGCUUUGUUAUAUAUAUGAGUUAGAGUUCACUUGUUGUGUUCAUCUGCAACCAACUGGGGAAUAUAUAUACUGAUUUCUCCUAUGGAUACCUUGCUUGCAAACACCUUCUUCAAUCCCCUCAAUAUUUCUCUCUCUUUUCUCAUUUUGCUUUUGGCAUCUACGUAUCUACCCACUGCCAUAAUCUGCUUGGGUGAUAUCGGAGUUCCGAGCACCAGCACUGUGAAACCAUUAUGCAUUGAGGAAGAAAGGCGAGCACUUGUCAGCUUUAAACAACAUCUUGUUGAUCCUUCUGGUAGGCUUUCUUCUUGGGUGGGUCACGAUUGCUGUCAAUGGGAAGGAAUUUCAUGCAACAACAGCACCGGCCAUGUUGUGAAGAUGGACCUCCGGAAUCCGUAUCCAGAUUCCCAUUCUGGUUACCAGUGGGACGAGUCGGCUUAUAAUAAGUCUUGCUUGGGAGGUAAGAUAAAUGCUUCUUUGUUGAGCUUGAAACAUUUAAAAUACCUGGACCUCAGCUAUAAUGAGUUUCAAGGCAUUCGCAUUCCGAUGUUCUUUGGGGAGUUUAAAAGUUUGCAAUAUCUCAAUCUCUCCUUUACAUCAUUUGGGGGAGAGAUUCCCCCUCUCUUGGUAACCUGUCAAGCCUGAAUAUUCUUGAUCUCGGGAUGAAUAUCCGCUUGUCUUCCAGAAACUUGACUUGGCUUUCUCACCUCUCUUCCCUAAAAUACCUUAAUCUCAAUUACGUGGACCUUAGCCGCACAGGAGCCAGUUGGGCAUAUGAUAUUAACAUGCUUCCUUCAUUGUUAGAGUUACA